UUAAUAAAUUCUGAAUCAAAUUUUAAAUAUUUCCCUAUUUAUUCAUUAAAUACGAUAUUUCCUAUUUAUUCCUGGACCUCAGUAUUUACUUCCUCGUUAAUCGAUGUACUUUAUAUAUACUUUACACUGGCCCAAUCGGCUCAUGUGUGUGUAGACAAAAGAGCGGAAAUGUUCUCGCCCUUUCUGGUUUGUUUGGCUAUUUCACUAUGGACCGUGGACGCCUCGAACUUUACCAUAGGGGAUCCUCGAGCCUGCUAUGAUGGGAAAGGAGAAAAGCCUUUUAUGUUUGAAGUUCUGCCUGGAUUUGGUUGGGAUAACCUUGUCAACGAAAACCGGGGCGUUGUCGUGAAUUUCAAUUAUUCAAAAUGCAAGACAACAGAGGACAGGCGGUAUCUUCUUCCAGACGGGGUCGUCACCAUUCCUGUCAAGACGAGUCAAAUGAACGUUUUUUCCAAGCUCUAUGACCACUGGUCUCAGUAUGAAUCGGAUACGGCGUUUUCUGUCAACAACGGAGCUUCGGCGACCAUCAAAGGUGUGAAAAUUGCUGCAAGUUUCUCCGCCGAAUAUGAACACAUCAAAAAGCACCAGUUGGAAGAUAAAUCGUUUACUACCAAAGUUCAGGCGAGGUUUGUCCGAUACACAGCGAAAGUUCUUCCAGACGUACAGCUUGACCAGUCUUUCCGCAAUCGUCUUCUCAGAAUCGCUGGACAAAUUCAACAGAACCGGAAGCUGUCCACUAAGUACGAGAGCGAACUGCUGGUUCGUGAUUUCGGUACACACGUUCUAACCAGUGUCGACGCCGGGGCUUCCAUUGUCAAAGUUGAUCAAGUCGACUCUUCAUUACUUGAAGAUACCACAACAAACAAGGUCACAAUAAGUUAUUCAGCCAGUGUUUCCCUUCCCGGACUAGCAAGCGCAAGCAUGAAAGAUGAAUUCUCAUACACAAAAACGGAACUUGAGAAGUACAUGAGGAACGUCAAGAAUUCGGAUAUCAGAACCUAUGGUGGCCCCCCUAUGAGCCCGGAAAAUUUCACGCUUAGCAAAUGGACAACCACUAUCGGGAAUGAUUUGGUUGCUGUUGACAGAAAUGGGUUUCCUCUUGACUACGUUAUCUCCACGACAACACUCCCUGAGCUAUCUGAGAGUCUGGUAGAAGAGGUGGUUCAGAGUGUUCGAACUGCAAUCUCGUCCUAUUUCCAACAUAACACGUAUCCAGGAUGUACGAACCCUGAUGCACCAAACUUCAGCAAAAUAUCAAAUCUGGACGAUGGCUCCUGCCACGAACCAUUCACUAAUCUAAGCUUUGGUGGGGUUUACCAGGAGUGUCGCUUCCAAGGUAAACUCAUUAACAAUGAAAACUUAUGUACCAAACUCGCUACAAAGAACCCGCAGACACAGACAUUCGCUUGUCCAGACGGAUUUGAAAAAAUUCUCCUUCAUGAAGGAAUAACGCACAAAGCUCAGCACCAGCACCAGUGCCACAAAUGCUGGGUAUUCUUCAAAUGUUGUCACGAUCAAUCUUACUAUGCUUCAGCAGCAUACACAUCGUACUGGUGUCGAGCAAAGCCAAACUCUGUAGUACACGAAGAUAGUGGAUUUAUGUUUGGUGGUCUGUAUUCAGACAGAACCAAUAACUUUGUCACUCAAACAAAAUCAUGUCCGCAGUAUUUCCUUCCAAUGGUGAUAACAUCCAACGUUAGGGUUUGCAUCAGUGAUGACUACGAACUUGGCGCAAAGUUUGCCGUGCCUUUUGGCGGGUUCUACAGUUGCCAAAAUGGAAACCCCUUGGCUGAUGCAAAAGUAAAUAAAUCAUGUCCAAAAGGGUUUAGCAACCAUCUGGCAACCAUCGACAAAGAUUGCGAGGUUCAGUACUGCGUGAGAACUGGUCAACUUUCGGAACUGAAAUUCCCAUCCGUUCAAAUUCCGCCAUUUUCCGACGUCCCGGCAGAAAGUAUCGAGGAACCGGCCAAUUACAUUAUUUCGCACAAUUCUGAAGCUUGGGUUCAACUCGUUGACCCUAAAAUGAAAGGCCAAACACCAGACGAAUCGUCCUGGACAACAUUAGAUUCUGCACCAAAAGAAAUGAAAAACUUAAUGAAGAAGUUCACUCAAAACCACGUGGUUAAAGAAAACGAUGAGUCGGGAAUGUCAAAGGGCGCCAUUGCGGGUUUGUCCGUUGGUUUAACGACUGCCGUCUGCGUAAUCGUCGGUAUUGCUAUUGCCGUGCGACGAAAUCAAAAGCGAAAGAGAGGGUACAAUAGUGUUGAAUAAACCUGAAUACUUGUUUUAAGAUGUUUUUGUCCUUGGUGGAUCGUGAUUUUUUGUUAAUUUUAAGAUGGGUUGAUGGUUGUUUUUAGGCUAUAUUAAUAUCCCUAAGAAGACGAGCUAUGUAUAAAGAUAAAGAAAAAUAUUUUAAUUUUUAAAUUACAUCUGAUUAUGGGUAAGUUUUGACCAUCAAGCCAUCUUAAUGUAACUUCUUUUUUAAUUCUUGUAAUUUUUUUCUGUUUUGUAAUGCAAUUGUUGUUUGGUUGAUAAUAAUUAUUCUUCGUUGUGGCCGCAGCGAUUUUUAGUCAAUGUUAAUAACAUUGUACAUUUAAAGGGGAUAAGAUAAAAAUAAAUCAAUUGUGACCACACGGAAAUUAAAUUUACCGAAGGUAGCGUCAAUGCAGAUUGAUAUCAACCACGUGAUAAAUUGAUCUAUAAUCGUAAUAAACGUUGCAACCUGACAGUAAUUAAAGACUAAGGAAUCAUUCAUUAAAUUUGAUGGGAAAAUAAAUACGUUUUGGUCACGUGAUCAAAUCAUACAAAGCAGGAGUGACCUGUAUUGCAGACGUUUAACUUUAUAGCGAUCGCCGUUUUAACUUAGUGUUUAUAAAUAGUGCAGUUGAUGGUUGAAACCAUGUAAUAUUUAAAUUAAAAGUGUUAUUUGUUGUUUUCUCAAUUAAAAAAGGCCUAUGUCUGUUUUGCACAGAAGAAAUGAGCACGAAACUUACAUUGUAAUGUAAUAUCGCAUAAAGACAUCAGAACAUGUAACUUUGAAAAAAUUAACAAAAUUGUUCAAAUGUCUACCAGAAUUGUCACUCUUUAACUCUGUACAUUUUUAUCGAAAUUAAUUAUUGUUGAACGACUGUUUGUUGAUUAAUUAAAAGUUAAUGUAGUGCC